AUGGGCAAUUGUAAUGUAAUGGAUAAAAAAGAAGAAUUUUAAGAAGCAAGUAUUUUCAUUACUAUAAUUAGUGUAAUCUAUAAGAAAUUUUGAAAUAUUAGAUAUUCUUGGUAAAGGUGGAUUUGGAAAAGUCAUAAAAGUAAGACGAAAAAAAAACAAUUAACUUUAUGCUAUGAAAAUAAUGUCAAAAACAAAGUAUUUUUCUGAAAUAAUAUAGAAUUGUCGAAAAAAAAUGUGUAACAUCAGUAAUAAAUGAAAAGAAUUUGUUAAAGUAAUUGCAUCAUCCUUUUAUUGUUAAUAUGCAUUCAGCAUUUUAAGAUAGAGAGAAUUUAUACUUAGUACUUGAUCUCCUUAGUGGUGGUGAUUUGAGAUAUCACAUUUGUAAAAAUAAAAGGUUUUCAGAAGAAGAAGCAAGUAGAAUAUAUGGUUAUACUUUAAGAGUUUUUUGCUGCUUGUAUAAUCAUAAGUUUAGAAUAUCUUCAUUCAAAUGGAAUAAUUCAUCGAGAUCUCAAACCUGAAAACUUGGUUUUUGAUGAAUAAGGAUAUCUUAGAUUAACAGAUAUGGGAAUUGCACGAAUUUGGAGACCAGAAAAUGCUUAAGACUCUAGUGGAACUCCAGGGUAUAUGGCACCUGAAGUAAUGUGUAAACAAAAUCAUGGUAUUGCUGUUGAUUUUUUUGCUUUGGGAGUUAUUAUUUAUGAAUGCAUGCUUGGAAAAAGACCUUAUGUUGGGAAAUCUAGACAAGAGAUUAGAGAAUAAAUCUUAUCUAAACAAAUUUAAAUUAAAAAAUCAUAAUUACCUGUUGCUUGGUCAAUUGAAGCUGGUGAUUUUAUAAAUUAAGUAUAUUUUUAAUUGCAUUUAUUAGCUUAUUUAAAGAAAACCUGAAAAUAGAUUAGGAUCAAAUAAUCCUUCAGAUGUUAAAAAUCAUCCAUGGUUCAAUACUUUUGAUUGGGAAAUCUUACUUAAAAAAAAAUACAAUCCACCCUAUCAUCCUAAAAGAUUUAAAGGGUAUAAGGGAUCCAUAGAUGAUACUAUUGAGGAUAAAAAUCAUAAAAAUAUCAUAUUACUCAGAAAUAACACUCUUUGUGGUAUUAUUAUAAAUCAUAUUAAUAAGAAUAAUUAGAUGAGUAUUGUUAUAAUCCUGAAGAUUGUUUGAGAAAAUGA